UCCAAGGCAGAGAAGUAUGCACUAUCACUCCCCAGAGGCUCUUCCCUCCAGCUCAAUCAUCUUGUCACCUCUAGCAGCAACAAUGGAGGAAAGAGGCACCAGUGAAGAGUUUCUGAGCACGGAUCCAGCUGUCACUGCAUGGGGAACCACAGUCACACUAAAGAAUGAAAGUAGCCAGGUCUAUCUUUCCACUGUCACCACCGUUAGCCAGGUUCAGUUCUCAUUGGUUAUUAUCAUCGCCCUGGUUGGGCUGGCAGGAAAUGCUGUUGUGUUCUGGCUCCUGGGGUUCCGUAUGCAGAAGAACAUCUUUUCCAUCUACAUCCUCAACCUGGCAGGUGCCGACUUCCUCUUCCUCUUCAUCCAGACUACAUAUGCCAUAGAGGGCCUCAUCCGCUCCAACCUCACCACCCCACCCUCCAUUCCUGAUUGUUUCAUUACUGUGUUGACCUGCACCUAUCUCACAGGCAUGAGUAUCCUUGGCGCCAUCAGCACUGAGCGCUGCCUGUCUGUCUUGUUCCCCAUCUGGCACCGCUGCCGCCGCCCAAGAAGCAUGUCAGCUGUGGUGUGCUCCCUGCUCUGGGCCCUGUCCCUGCUGCUGAGUAUGCUGGAAGGAAAGUAUUGUGGCUUUCUGUUUUGGGAUAAAGACAAGUUUUGGUGUCAGGCAAUUAAACUUACAAUGGCUGCAUGUCAGACUUUUUUGUGUGUGCUUCUCUUUGGGUCCAGCCUGGCCCUGCUGGCCAGACUGCUGUGUGGCUCCCAGCGGAUGCAGCUGACCCGGUUGUAUGUGACCAUGGGGAUCACGGUGCUGAUCUUCCUCCUCUGUGGCCUUCCCUGGGGCAUCCACUGGUUCCUCAUAUACUGCAUAAAGUAUGAGUUUGUGAAGCCUCCGGUUCGCCUCUAUUACAUUGAAAAAAUCCUGUCUACCAUCAACAGCUGUGCCAACCCUAUCAUUUACUUCUUUGUUGGCUCCAUCAGGCAACAGCGGCGACGAAGGAAGCAGCCACAGACGCUCAGGUUGAUUCUGCAGAGGGCUUUAGAUGAUAGUCCUGAAGUGGAUAGAAGUGAAGGCAGCCUUCCUCAAGAGGCCCUGGAGAUGUGGGGCAGCGCUUAGGUGUCCUAAGUCAGAGUCUGCUUCAGUCACACCACUGUGGUUUUGAGAACCAGCUUGGUUUCUAUCUGAGAAGUUUUCUUAGAUCCUCUCUCUCAGUCUCAAGGCCCAUGAUCAAACAACUGGGAUAAGUCUCCUCACCAGAGGAAGAAAUUAGACAACACCUGUUAGUGAGGGCACCCUCUCAACUCCCCAGGGACCUUCUGAAGGUGAAGUUUGUCAAUUCUGGGCCCAAUGCCAUUUCCACUUUGUGAAGAAUCCUCCUCUAACAAAGUUGAAAGCAAUACAGAAGUCUAAAUUUUGUGCUCACUAUUUAAUAGGAAUGAAAAAAGAGCAUUAAUUAUGCUUUUCACAAGUUUUUUUUUUCUGUCUUCCUAUAGUCGAUCUCUCUUUUUUUAUUUUUUACUAAAGAUUUUAUUUAUUUAUUAGUGAGAAAAUUAGAAAGAGUGAGAGAAAGAACCAGACAUCACUCUGGUGCAUGUGCUGCUGGGGACUGAACUUGGGACCUCGUGCUUGAGAGUCCAGUGCUUUAUCCACUAAGCCACCUUCCAGACCACUAGUCGAGCUCUAUAAUGUUUGAAGACGUAAACUUCAAUCAAUGCCUCAAAGGGCAGUCUCAUUUAAUAUGGAACCCUUAAACUAUUUCCCUAGCUUAAUAAAUACAGACUACAAGAUGGAUUAAUGGUUAAUAAAGUGGUAACU